CACAUCUUGUGUUAUGUAGUGACUGGGAGGCAGAACUGGCACCAUGGCCACGGAGAACUAUCUCUUAGGGGUCAUUUGGAGCGGAAGAGGCGGUUGUUUUUAAAAUUUCGUGAUUUUCUUUCUUCGCGGGGGUCAAACCCUGUGAGGUUGUACUUAGUUUAUCAGCGGAAAGCUUUGUUAACUCGUACGUGGCGACCGUUGGCGUGUACGGUAGCACAGCCGCUCAUCUUCAGCCUCGUUAGCAAGUUAGCCAGUGAAUAUAGUAGUGUGCUUACAUAGACGCUAGGCUAGCACAGCUGCUAGCUUGGCCGGUUCGUUUUGUGGGAGCAGGUUUUCUAGGUGAUGUUGUCCGUGCUGUCGUACGGUAGACUGGUUGCCAGAGCUGUCAUCGGCGGACUUUCUCAGACAGACAGCCGCGACUACAGCCUGGUGACAGCGAGCUGUGGCUUUGGCAAGGAUUUCCGCAAAGGUAUCCUGAAGAAAGGGAUGUGUUAUGGGGACGACGCGUGCUUCAUCGCCCGACAUAGAUCCGCUGAUGUUUUGGGUGAGUAUCCGCUUUGUUCGCAACUGAGACGUUACCCAACCGGAGAGAUAGCGAUCGACUGCGACGCGAAUAUGAGAUCCGACACAAUACAAUAGAGUUUAACAAUGCUUCAUAUAAAGGUUUGUCACUCACGUGUGGCCAAAUUUGACAGAGUAUAACAGGUUAGGUUGAAAAAAGGGUCAAAAUUAACGUUUCAAGUAAGAAGAGACUUACGAAAUCAAGCCUUUAAAAAUUGCUGCAUUGAUAAUUCACUUAAAUGUAAUUGUACCAUGAUAAAACUGUCAGAUAUUGUUGCCCUGACUGGUCUUUUAAGUGACAAUGAGUUGAAUUACUCAGCUUAGAUCAACCCCUUCUGCAGCCAAACAUCUUUUUAUCUUUGCCUAAUUUCUUUCGCAUAGAUACUAAACCCAACUCACCUACUCUCUUCCAGUAGUCGCUUGUUUGUAGCUAGACCUUCAGCCAGUCCAUUACAGACUGCAGCGGGGUGCCGCAGCUCAAGGAAGAACAUUUAUAAUCAUUUCUUCAUAGAAAUGAAUUCAGACCGAGACGCUAACACAGAAGAACUACUGCGCCUGCAGUGCAAAAUGAUCAAUAUGGUGAUUAUUACUUCAAGAAAAUGAUGAUAAAUGAUCAUAAAUGUUCUUCCUUGAGCCGCGGCACCCCCUUGCAGUCCGUAAUGGACUGGCCUGAAGUCUUGCUACAAAAAAGCGGCUGCUGGAAGAGAGUAGGUGAGUUGUGUUUAGUUAAGUUAAAAAGAUGUUUGAUGGCUAGUGCCCUAUAUGUACUGUUGAUGAAGUUAGGUGCUGUUCUGAGCAUUAUUUGCAGUGUUGUUUUCAUUGAUGAUGACAAAAAUAUUUAGUCAACAUCAUCGUCAAUGAAAACAACACUGCAGAAUGUAUCUUAAGCGUUUGACUGACGAAAUGCUCAUGAAUUUUGCAACUCUGUUUGUUGUCCACCACUAACGUUUUCGUCUAGUCUCCCCUGUCAACGUAAACGCACCUUCGUCUCGUCACAUUUUAGUCAUCUAAGACUUAUGUUUAGCUCGUCAAGGUCGCGUCUUCAUCAUGGAAAAAAAGGGGCGUCAACACAACACUGAUUAUUUGUGGCUAUAGAGUGGCAUUUAGGUUGAGGUUUGUUUAUGGCUUCUCAGACCGCUGUGUAUUGUUAUCGUGUGGUCGUUAGUAACUAGAGAAGCAAGCGGUCGGCAACAUUCAUCUCUCGAUUAAUUAUAUGCGGGAAUAUCCCUUUUUAAUGAUAACAGAUUUGACUGGUGCAAGAGUUGCAAAAGCUCUAAAGUGUCAAUUUUCUAAGUAAUCUCUGCCGGAUUAGGUUGCCAAACUCCAUAGCAAGAUAACUGAGACCAGUGCACAUGAACGUGGCCAACAGAAGAAACUUCAGUCUGCAGGUACAGACUGUCCCGGUGGAUGCAGACUAAAAGGGGCUUUUCAUCCAUUGACACUCGCAUCAGUCAGCUGCUGAGCACUUGGAUGCACAGUCUGAACUUUGGCACACUGCACUUGACACUUGAGAUUCACGAGUCAACUGUGAACUUUCUUAAUAAUGUUAAUGAUAUCUUGUGUUGUCUUGCAUGGCUGCUGAUGCCCUGGUGGCUGUUUUUAUUCUCUUGGUGCAAAAAGGGGCAGUAAAGGUUAAAGUCUUGGGUUGUAUCUAAGUUUGAAUCAUGAAAAAAAACAACCUCAGAUCUCUGCACUGCCACACAGCACCAUUGAAUGUCUAUUUGCUGAUGCAUUCUGAAUUGAUUAGACAAAAGAAAACACUCCCGUCUCUCAGAGCCAGGUUAUUUUCAGAAAGUUUGAUAAACUUGCAUGUGACUGCUUCAUGCAGGCCUAUUUCUCUGUGCUGGCAAAGACAGAGGAGACGCCAAGAGCCACCCUUGUAUGGUCAGUCCUGAGACUAUCGAGUCUGAAGUUUCCUUUCUAGGAAAACCUCGGCGCGGACCAAAUGCUCUUAGGGAACAAGCUCUCUUUAACCAAUGAAGCAAUGCAUGCCUCUUUAAAAGGAUUAGUAAAGGCGUGCGAUAGUGAGAUUUUUGUGGGCUCCAGUAUCACAGAUUUUUUUGUUAUCUGGAUGUGAAAUAGAUUAUGUAAGUGCAAAUUGCCUUGAACUACAUGGUUGCAAAAUAACAUUUAGCAAUGCGCAGUUACAGGUAUGAGAGUGUUGAUAAGUAGUUUUAGGAACAACUAAAAGGAAAGACAGGUCAAAAUUAAACGCUAAAGGCGCUGAAUGCACUCAGUGACAUUUCCAUGAUGUCCUCUGCAAUUGUCUUUUCUGUAACUGGAUGUUCCUUUAGUGUCUUACUGAAAGUAGCCAUUGUUUUCAUGAAACUGUGCAGCUGCACGGCACUGUUAUUGUUCCUCGCAAGACUCUCUCAAGAAACAAGUCUGGACAAGGACUAUGAGAUUUACAGAUAUGUGGAAAAAAACUGUCUCUUCAUGGAGGUUUUGAACGCAGCACCAAUCAAUCAACAGAAUUUAAAGUGAAGGUUUUGUCUCUGUUGCACGACCAGGUGAAAGUUCUGGUAUCUAACCAUGUGACCGUUUUUCAGGUGUCGCCGAUGGAGUAGGUGGCUGGCGCGACUAUGGAGUGGACCCCUCUCAGUUUUCAGGCACAUUGAUGAAGACAUGCGAGAGGUUGGUGAAGGAGGGACGCUUCAUUCCCAGCAAUCCUGUGGGAGUCCUCACAACCAGCUACUAUGAGCUGCUGCAGAACAAAGUGCCAUUGCUUGGUAAGUAAAUCCACUGGACGCAGGGUCACAGAAUGUGCAGAGGUGGUUAAUUGACAUCGAGAUGAAAGGACAGAGAGAGCGCCGGUUUAGAAAAAGAAUCCGUGGAAGUGAAAGACACACAGAGAGCAGAGGAGAGUAGCACUGAUGUAACCCGGUCCUUGUUUGUUUUUUCAUAUUUGUCCCAACCUGCAGACUGUUGGCAGACUGCUUACACCUCUACACAAUGAUUGACAUUGAUGAAAUGAUCGAAUUGGUAAGAAAAUUAGAAAAUACAGACUGAGUGCUGACCAUAUGUAGAUCCACAAACCAUCACAUACCCCCUCUGUAGGGCUGGGUGAUAAAACAAUACAUAUAAAACUAAUUUCCCUCAAUAUAAAUAUAAAACAUGGUCAGUAUGUUUUUCAAUAGUCGGCAUUCUGCCAUGUUUUGGUAGACUAUAUAGCCAAUGAAAAGGGGAGUUGCUCCGGGUCCGCUUUGCGCCGAACCAAGCAUGUGCUGAAUUAGAACCAAGUAGCAAACAACUGUGUUGUAGCAGGCUGCAGGCAACCAUAGCACUUAAACACGUUAAGUUGACAGCACUGUCGGUGAGAAAAAAAGAAAAUGAGUGCUGCCCCCGGCAGGAAUGCAGAUAAAGGCUCAACAGAUGAUGACAUUGUUGACAACUUGCACGAAAACGUCGGUGGUGUGGAGGUUUUUUGUUUUAUUUGAGGUCGGACAUGAAGCAGAGUAACAUGCAAAUUAUGUCGAGUAUAUGUUCUCGCAAAGUCGGGGAAUACCUCAAAUCUUUUUCACCACCUAGAGCAGUGCCACGCGGCAGAGCAAGCGCAAUGCAAAACGUUACAAACCCCCGAGCAGUGCGAGGAGUCCAUGGCGCCUGUGCAGCUGAAACAGCCGACCAUUCAGUCCGCUUUCUCUGGUGCAGUGCCUUAUGACAAAACAUCAAAGAGACACAAAGACCUCACAGAUGCAGUAGAUUAUUGUAUUGCAAAAAACAUGCUACCAAUAAGCAUUGUUGAAUUUCAUUUUUUCGAUAUCGACUGAUGUGAAAAAAUAUAUCGUGAUAAACUUUUUCCCAUAUCGCUCAGCCCUACUCCUCUGAGAAAAUAUCGGGUCUACUUUAGUUUUCAGACAGAAUAUCUCAGUUUAUAAACGGUUCUUUAGGAAAGAAGCAGUAUGUUUGGGUACACACUGUAUAAAAUUGCGUUGCUUUAUGUUUGUUGACACAAAAUUCCUACACUACUGCUUUAGUGAUUCUAUGAGUAAAAAAGACACUCGAUGUGCUAUUUGUGAAGAACUUAAUCUGGACCUGUUAUAGUUCACUCACAGUUUCCUCCUCAGCACCUCCCACUUUCUCUGAAAGCUUCCUAAACAAGUCAAGGUCCAUCCCAUGAACUGUCUUUGACUGUACCAUCCUGCCUGUUUUGUGUACAGUAAUACUCCGCCUGUCAAUCAAAUAUUUUCCAUGUGGUUUUGGAUCUAAGGACACAAACCCUGGGCUCGGUUGUUUGUUUCUGUCUGUUCAGAGUAGCGGUGGCUGCAUUGAGAUUUUUGCAUCAUGAGUCAGAACAGCCAGAUCCCAUUAAGAAGUCUUUGGGAAUGUCCCGAGUCCAGGCCCUCUCUGUGUAGUUCACAUCCAGAACUCUUCCCCUUUGUAGCGCCGCUUUGUGAUAACAAAGCGAGCACAAACAUGUAACAUCAGCGAGCAAAUGUUUUACGAACGGAUCUCCGUCUCUCCAAGUGUCACAGUAUUUUUCCACCCUGUUAUCACAUGUGCAGCCGAGGAAACAACACUGUAUUGUGCCGUUCGUCAUGGCAGAGGGAAUGUUCUUGAGACCGGCGAUGUGUACAAUUGUGCUGCUGGAGAGUAAACCGAGAAGAAAGGGAGUGAGUCAGAGACCACGAGGGGGUUUUGAAGGUUGAUCCAAAAGAGCAUACUUUGGCGUGCCAGAUGAAUCACCAGCAGGGUGUGGCUGCACGAUGUCUGCCUGCUCCACCAGCUCGUGUUUCCACUCCAGCAUCUCCGAAAUAGUGGAGGAGGAGAAAAAAUACGAAAUUGCUCCAACCUGUUGAGCAUAUCCUGUUAGCUCAAGUUUGUGUGUUCAGGUUUACCUCAUUAUUCCUUCUGCCAAAUACGCUUAAGACCGGUAUCCUCCUAUAAACAUAGAGUCGAAUCAUAAUCUGUGCAGAUGUGGAGAGUCCAAACAGUUUGUCUCCUUGCCUCCUGUCGAAUGAGAAAUCUUUCAAAUUGCGUGUAAUCACAGAAUCUCAGUAGUUUGUUUCUUUACUCAUUUUAGUCUCAGCCAGAUGUUAAAAAAUUGAUAAUUUUGCUUUCAGAACAGUUUUAAAGUUUAUUUCAAUGAAGUAAAGCAACUCUCAAGUGUCUUGGUUUAGGAAUUGGAUAACUGCACUGAUGGAAGACAUUGUCCAUAUCCAGAACUACGCCCAGGUCCUGAUCAAGACUCAGUCCAGUCAGACGCAGACACGUUUACGAAAGGAUUUUUAGUGCCCCAGGUUUUUAGUUUGGACUGCAGUCAUUUAGAACUUAACAUACAGUCAUUUUUUUGUCUUCCAUCUCAAACAUGUUACUUGUAACCAUGUAUAUUAUUAAUAACUGUGCAUGGAAUUUAAGUUUUAUGACCACAUAAUAAGCUUUAUUGCACACACGAAAAAGAAGAUAUAUGUAUCGCCCACAGAAAAAAGAUGUAAGACAACAACGACCGUAUUUUUCGGACUAUAAGGCGCACUGAAAAUCCUUAAAUUUUCACAAAAAUUGACAGUGCGCCUUAUGUAUGAUUACUUGUUGUGCUUACUGACCGAUUUUAUGUGGUACAAUGCGCUCAGAAAUCUGUCGAAAUGUGUAAGUACGACUUCGGUACGCAACAAAGCUGCUCCACUCAGUGGAUAUUCGGAGCAUUACAGUAACUGUCGUCUGAGCUUUCAUGAAAGCUGGAUUCAUCACUAAACAGCCAAGUACCGGUAACGGCAACGAGACAGACUCCGAUAAAGAGGGAUCCGGUCACGCUUGAUGCUGAAAUCGCACAGCUGUUUAACUCAGACACUGGAGAUGAAGAAUUUGCGGAAGAGGAAUGAAUCAAUGAGUGAACGUAUUUUUCUGUACCGGUAUUUGUUGUUACAACUGAGUUAAGUAAAGGUUGAUUUACUGGGCCGUGUUGUUUUGCUUAAUCCGCUUUAUAAUCCGGUGCUUAUGUCCCAAAAAAUACGGUAAUCUUGCAACCUGUCUUUCCUGACCUUUCCUGAAUGUUUGCACUGAAGUGAAAUAUUUGCAUGUUUGUGUUUUCUGCAGGUAGCAGCACAGCGUGCAUUGUGGUUUUGGACCGGCAGAGCCACCGACUACACACAGCCAACCUAGGAGACUCUGGCUUCCUUGUGGUCCGUGGAGGGGAAGUGGUCCACCGAUCAGACGAGCAGCAGCACUACUUUAAUACACCCUUUCAGCUGUCUAUUGCUCCCCCCGGGGCUGAAGGAGCUGUCCUCAGUGACAGGUGAGACAUACAAAAUCACUGAAGUACACCUGCUGCACCACAUCAUUAGGAACACAACCACAGACACGGUGGUGUUGUACCAAGUAGAAAACACAGAUGCAGGAAAUAUUUACUCAUAAGAUUGUACAUUUUUUUACACAUCCUACCAGCAAUAUGUAGCUAAAGCUUUGUUUAUGACAAGGCAAGUAAAAGCAACAAACAGCUAUGCAGGGGCACUGUUUCAGCAGGCGUCUCACAGACAGUGGGAAAGCCUUCGCCUGUCCCUAGUUUGACUCCUCACUCUGUUUUCUGCCUCCCCCCCCAGCUCUCAAAUCCUAUCCACACUCAUGGGACUAUCCAAUAAAGGCAAAGGCCAAACAAUUACAAAAACAAACAGUACUAAAGAAGAACAUUUUGUGUCCUCCAUGCAGUCGUAUUUUGUGAAUGUAGCGGCUUCCCUGUUCGGAGGUGUAGCGUAACAGUGUGUCCGGGUCCACGUGCUGUUUUCCCUCGUUGCAGGGGUGUGCCAAAAAGCCACACAGUAGACGUCAGAAGAGUGCAGGGCAGGGGCUGGAUGCUUGCCAAGCUUCCCCUCUUACCCUGGUCAAAGUCUGUGUGGGCUGGAGAGUCCACAGCCAAUCCUGCACCAGCAGGCUCAGCCACCUUUUUCACUCCCCUAGUCUUGAACCAAGCAGAUUAUUUUGAGCCUCUUAAGUGCAUGUCUGGAAAACUGAAGGAAGAUGAACCUUAACUACACUACUCUUACAUAAUGACUGUGUUUAAUCUUUUAUUGCUACUAGACUUCAGUCCGACCCGCUCAUUGUCAGGUGUUCAGUCAUUGUGGAUUCAGUGUGUUGUUUUAAACGGACCUUUCUUUUUAAUUUGUGCACUAAUGCCAUUUAGUGGGGAGGAUUUAUCCAAACUGAUUUACACUCAGAUUAGGAUUAGAUUCCAGAUCAACUGGCAGAUCAACGAGUGGAGCGGAGUGCCAGGGUCACAACUGAAUAGAUUCCUUUGACUGCAGAACACAAAGGGAAAUAAAAAGAUUUAGAUUUUGUUCGUUUUCCAUCAGCGAGAAGAAUGACUGUUUCUCAAUAGUGCUCACACAAUAUCAGAUUUUCACUUUAUGAAUAAUACGGCUGGAGAAAAUCCUAAAUUUUGAAACCAAGUGCUCAAUGUAUCAACACUCCUUUCGUGGGACGUUUACUGACAGCGGUAAUCGCGAGAGAUUCACAAGAACCUGCGGAUUCACAUGUAACCGUGCGAUAACAAGUUGUCUCUAUAAGGACAGCCACAGAGGCUAACCAUAUAAGCAGUAGAUUGUGUCCUUCCAGAGGAGGAAAUCUACUUCUAGACUUCUAGACUUCUAAAAUUAGCAUCCCCUCAUCCAUCAGGAAGAAAGAAGUCUAAAAACCUUUCACUUGUUCGUCCCGCCCAUUUGCACGGUGUGAAAUAUGAACCGCCUGAAACACAGAGUUUUAUUUUGAAAAGAAGCACAAUUUUUUAUUUUGUGUCUGUGCCCGACUUCCUUUCCAGCACGGGUUAAUCUGCGCUGAAUUUAUCCAGCAUGCUUAGGCAUCCGGGAAAAUUUGAACUCUUGCGAUCAGCUGCAGAGUCUGGCGAUCCGCAGUGGAAAGAAGCCGGUGAAAAUUGACACAUUAACUUGAAUGGUUACGAUCAGCUGCGAUCGGCGGAUACGGCCUUUUCGUAGCCGCUCCAGAUGCGGUGGAAAUGGGGGGUAAAGUGGUGUUUGGGUUCAAAAUUUAUCUUCGAACAUCAGUUUUACAAGUGCCGUCUUUCAGGAGCUGCUCUAGCAAGCUAGCUUCUCACCCCUGCUUCUUCUUCCUCUUUCUGUUUUCUGCAGAUUGCAACAAGCGCAAACAACCUCUCCUGCUUUAUUGCUAUAAGCUGAUAUUUUGUUUCAGGAUUUUUAUCAGACUUGGAGUUACAGAUAAAUUGUGCCACUGUGUUACUAUCGAGAGUGUCUGUCUUUGGUGGAAUUUGAGAAGUAGCUGAGACACAUGGAAGUGUUCAACUAGAAUCUAUCAGCUCAGAUGGGACAGGAUUAUUAGUUACCUGUGAGACAAACUCAUUUCUAUAUGCUAUGAUUUCAUGCUGUGUCUGACUUUAACAUGUUUGUGCCCACAGCCCUGACGCAGCAGACAGCUCUUCCUUUGAUGUCCAGCUCGGUGAUAUCAUCCUCACCGCAACCGACGGGCUGUUUGACAACAUGCCGGAUUAUAUGAUCCUGCAAGAGCUGAAGAAACUCAAGGUAAGUCAGGCUAAGGGUUAAGAUGGUUUUCUGAUGGGAAGUAUGUCUGAAACAUAACUUUCAUUUCUUCUUCAAUCUUGCUCUGAAGAACGCCAACUAUGAGAGCGUCCAGCAGACAGCACGGAGUAUUGCAGAGCAGGCUCAUGUGCUCGCGUAUGACCCCAACUACAUGUCACCUUUUGCACAGUUUGCCUGUGACAACGGACUGAAUGUAAGAGGUAAUUGUCUCAGUUUGUACUUGAAUCGGAUACAAAUGAUAAGAGGUAGAAAAUAUUCUGAAAAUCAAACGAUACAGUCGCACCACGCUAACAGUUUCCUUUUCUAUUCAGGAGGAAAGCCCGACGACAUCACAGUGCUGCUCUCCAUAGUGGCAGAAUACACCGACUAGAGUCUGUGUGAAGUGGUGACAGGGGUGCAUCUGCAUCUGCAUCUGCGGGUGAUGGACUGCUUUGAUUCCUGCUGGCCGGGAUGAAGGGCUGGCUCUACCCUGCAUGCCCGACUCUACCCUGCCCGAGCCCACCGGUUGACCAUCGAUCCUUUCUAUUCCCUAAAACUUACAUCUCUCUCCUCUCUUAUCGUGAACAUCAGAGAGUGGAUGGAUAAGAGGACUAGAGGCCUGAAACAUCCUCUUGGCAUGGCUGCAGUGUUGGCGUCUUUGCAGUUUUCCAGUGCUCACUGGUUAAUCCUAUUGCAGGGGAUAAGCAGUCAUUGGGCAGCGUUGGAGAUGAUGAUCCUGUCUGACAAGGAUAAGUCAUCUUUUUUUUCUGAUGGGUAGUUUGUGCAGGGAGAAGGUAGAGAUUUAGUGACAGAGGCACUAAGUGUAAGACCCUCUCCCCAAAAGGCUGCUGAAUGAGAAAGAUGCAGUCCCAUCAGUCGCAUCAAGAAGGGAAGCGCGCAGGUGUUCCCAGUGACACGGUGGUGGUUAAACCGCCAUCAUCAGGGGCGCCUGGAACCCGUUCGAUACUAGGUUAUGACCUUUGAGCUGUUCUGGGAUGUUUUGUUGAAUGUUUGCAAAAAAUUGAGUGUACUGAUAAAUAAAUUUUACAUCUGUGGUUCGUGUCUUAAUAGGGUGAUCCAAGGAGAUUUAAUGCAGAAGAGUGGCAGCUGCCUUUUCAAUGCCAGUGUAAUUUAAACCGUGCAAACCAUUUUUACUUCAUUACCAGGAUGAGCAUUUUGUAGUUAAAUAUCCUCUCCGCGUACUCCGCAUACAUAUUUAAAAACCGAAGCCCUCCCUUUAAUCUUACAGCUGCUGUGUUAAUCUUGAUUGUGAUUACAUAUAGGGUGUGUUUGGUUGUGUGUUUGAGUGUGUUACGAAUGCGCUUGUGCUCGUCAGUGAACUGAAAAUGCGUAAUUGUCUAUGAAACGGAUGUGAAGGUUAUACAGACUUCUCUGUAUUCACCGGGCUGAUUUGAGUGUCGCAGCCUUAAACGCACAAAGCUUAAGAAGCAUAUCUGAAAGAGCUGAGAGCAGUGGAAGUCGGUCACGUGACCCAAAAAUGUAUUUUCGUAGCUUCUUUUGUUCAGUGGGAUUGUUGAAUUCUUUGGACUGAUCACCUCAUCAGAGUAGCUUUAGCCCCCCUUGUUGUUCGCAGUCAGCCUUUCCUUUUCCACCUCUCUCCAUCCUUUCUGCUGUAAAGCUCCAAAGGCACAUUCAUAAGACGGGUCACAUCAGGUUUCAUGUGAAAACUGGUCACUGUGUUUCCAUUACAUCACUACAGAUUUGCACUCUGCAAAGUACUGCAACCCUAAUCCACAGUUGAAAUGUUUCUUUUGAAAAAAAAAUCUGUAUUUUUGUGUAACAUUACAAUGAUGUGCCUUGUAUCAGGUGUUGUUGAUACUGGCAAACGUCCAUAAUUUCUUUAAAAUCCACGACUUAUGUGCCAGAUACUGAGCACAGAGCCUGAAACUGUUAAGUAGCCAUAAAAGUGAGUAGAGCUUUCCAAUCAUACCCUGCUGUCUUAACCCUCCACAGCUCAUCCAACCUUUCUUUAUUUUUAUUUUUUACUGAAAUCUGCUUCCUUCGGCUCAGUCAGGAGAUUAGGAAUAGUUGCCAAGCCAUCACACGCCUAGAAAAUCAACCCAGUAGAUCUUCAGGUGAAUGUUUACACUCUGCACUACCUAAUGGACUGUUUCCUCUUUUUUUUUUGAUCUGAUCAAUUCACACUGGAAGACUACAGCGUCAGGGUUCAUUUAGAAAUGAGGCAGGUCAGAGCAGUUAAUGGUCAAAAUGUGAGGUUUUUUUUUUAGUGUUGAAGCACUGAGGACAAUCUAAGCAGCCUUAACAAAAUUACAAAGCAAUCCCCUCUAUCAGAUGGUUCACCACUGUUAUCUUUGGGAUUUCUGUUUCCUGACACCCUCCCCUGAUGUCUCUCAUUCUCUUCCAAACACUUUGUUACAACCAGAGCAUGUGUCUUUAUAAAUAUAUAUAUUUUUCUUUUUUGGCUGUACAGUUCAGUUGUGUAAGUUCUGUAAAACAUUUUCAAAUCUGUAAAUAUUUAAAUAAAGAGUAUAGUAUUUAUUA